AACUUCCGGUCCAUAAAAUCCUGCAGGUCUAACCAGAAAGGACGCUCUCUUAUCCUCCUUGAACUUCUUGGAUCAUUUUAUUUGGUCAAGCAAGUCAGCGAGAGAACAGAAGAGAUUUAUUAAAACAUCAAUAGAUCCGGUUUUUUUUUCUUGUUAUAUAUUAAUCCACCCGCUUUGAGGCGCGUUCUUCAGAAACGCUAUUUUCUUUCAAGCCCGUUCUCGGACCUUUUAAAGUGCACCUUGUCAUUGGCUAACUAGCUGAGGCUAACAAUGCUGGUACGUAAAGUGACCCAGAAUGCGGCUCUCUGUAAUGCUGUGCUCCGUCUACCACAGUCCAUAUCAGGGGUACAACGCCAAGCAGGGGCUGUGAUAGCUGUGCAAAGUCUGCGUCCUUAUGUUAGCCAAAGUGCCGAGGCGGUUUUGGAGAAGUCAGCAACUGGCAGUGAUGUUGCCCCUAAGGCUGAAAGAGUGGAGAAGGCGGCUGCCAGUGUGGAGUCAAAAUCCUUUGCUGUGAACAUGUUUAAAGGGCAGAUCAGCACAUCACAGGUGUUCCCCUUUCCCACGGUGCUGAAUGAGGAGCAGUCAGAGUUUCUCAGGGAGCUCGUGGGACCUUGUUCGAAGUUUUUUGAAGAGGUAAAUGACCCUGCUAAAAAUGAUGCACUAGAGAAGGUAGAGGAUCACACCUUGGAUGGGCUGAAGGAGAUGGGAGCAUUUGGUCUGCAGGUGCCUGCUGAUCUGGGUGGUGUGGGCCUCACCAACACACAGUAUGCCAGGCUGGUGGAGAUCGUGGGCAUGCAUGAUCUGGGUGUGGGCAUCACUCUUGGAGCUCACCAGUCCAUUGGCUUUAAGGGAAUUCUUCUCUUCGGCAACAAGCAACAGAAAGAGAAGUACCUUCCCAAGUUGGCCUCAGGUGAAACAAUUGCUGCAUUCUGCCUGACUGAGCCAUCUAGUGGUUCAGAUGCUGCUUCUAUCAGGUCAGUUGCUGUUCCCUCGCCCUGCGGAAAGUACUACACCCUCAAUGGAAGCAAAAUUUGGAUCAGUAAUGGAGGUUUGGCUGAGAUCUUUACCGUGUUUGCUAAGACUCCAGUGAAGGAUGAGAAAACCGGAGAAGUGAAGGACAAGAUCACUGCUUUCAUUGUUGAAAAAAGCUUUGGAGGAGUCACACAUGGCCCUCCCGAGAAGAAGAUGGGCAUCAAGGCCUCAAACACAGCAGAGGUGUAUUAUGAGAAUGUACGUGUUCCAGCCGAGUGUGUCCUGGGUGAAGUUGGAGGAGGAUUUAAGGUGGCUAUGAAUAUUCUUAACAACGGUCGCUUUGGCAUGGCUGCAGCACUGUCAGGAACCAUGAAGGGUGUUCUUGCUAAAGCGGUGGACCAUGCUGCCAACAGGACUCAGUUCGGUAACAAAAUCCACAACUAUGGAGUCAUACAAGAGAAAAUGGCCAGAAUGGCCAUGUUGCAGUAUGUUACAGAGUCUAUGGCCUACAUGGUCAGUGGGAACAUGGACAGUGGAGCAACAGAUUUCCAGAUCGAGGCUGCCAUCAGUAAAAUCUUUGCCUCUGAAGCAGCAUGGAUGGUGACUGAUGAGUGUAUUCAAAUUAUGGGUGGAAUGGGUUUUAUGAAGGACGCUGGUGUUGAGAGGGUCUUACGAGACCUGCGAAUCUUCCGUAUCUUUGAGGGCACCAACGACAUUCUGCGACUCUUUGUGGCGCUCAACGGCUUCCAGAAUGCAGGGAAUCAGCUGAAGAACUUACAAAACGCUCUGAAAAGUCCGUUCAGCAAUGCUGGUGUGUUGGCUGGGGAGAUCACCAAACGUGCCAAAAGGAAGGCUGGCAUGGGUACAGGCCUCACACUGCAGGGAAGUGUCCAUCCAGAACUGGCUCACAGUGGCACUCUGGCGGUUAAAGCCAUCGAGCAGUUUGGAGAAGUUAUUGAAGAGCUGCUUCUGAAGCAUGGCAAGAGGAUCAUUGAUGAGCAGUUUGUGCUGAAAAGAGUUGCAGACUGUGCUAUUGACUUGUACGCUAUGGUUGUGGUGCUUUCCAGAGCCUCCAGAUCUUUGAGUCAAGGUCACUCAUCUGCCCAGCAUGAGAAGAUGCUUUGUGAAACCUGGUGCACUGAGGCUCAUGAGAGAAUCAUGCAGGACAUCAAGUUCUUGAGGUCAGGUACAUCCAAGCAGAUCUUCAAGAACCUGCGUGCCAUUUCUGCAGCUGUGGUAGAGAAUGGAGGAGUGGUCUCUCCUCAUCCUCUGGGCUUUUAAAAAUCCUUUCUCUUACUGACAUCAGCCAGUCAUAAUCUCCUCUUCUCUUAGACAUUGAUAAGCAUUCAGAUUUCAUAUGACUUUCUACAUGGCUCAGUGGUGCCAAGCUGGGCAAGUAGAAGGCUGUGUUAUACCACGGUAAGACUUAGUAAUACCAUUCUGUGAAGUUAAUAUCAAAUCAUCUGAAUCUGUAAAGAAGGUGUGAAGUAAGUUUUACACAGGAAUUGUUUCGGGGUCUCUAACUGGUGGGUAUAGUGCAUAGAUGUAUUGAAAACAAACACAAACUUAGACCCACAUCUGGCCUCUUUACACUGAGGUUAAUUUGACAUUGUAUCAAAGGGAUUUUAACUGAAAAACAGUGUCACUGGCUGUCUAGCUAAUUUUGGCCCGGCUCAGCAUUUGUUUCUUUUUCCAUCAUCAAUACACACUGUACAUAAGGCUUUAUAUAUUUUUCUAUCAAUUGUCAAACUGCCUUAGUGAAUUUCACUUUUUAAGGCCUUCUGUUAUUUGGAUAUUAUAUUGCCCUUGAAGCGUUCUUGCAGUCUAAUGGCUAGAAAAAUCAGCAGGAUGUCAUUCGGAUGUUUUUUUUGGUAUGCAUUCUGUCACAAAUAUCUUGAAUUGCUGUACUUUGAGGUACGGAAAUGUAGCUGUGUAUAACUGUAAUAGUAUCAUUUUAUUUAAUAUUUUGGUGUUUCAGCCCCACUAUUCUGUGCAUGCUGUUCCCGUUUGUACACAAUGAUUGCAGAUGUGCGUAUGUAUGAAAUCAGUUGUGUAAAUCCUGUCUGGUUGUCUAUAUACAACAAAUUUGCAGAACUUGAGCAAUAUAUUUAUUACAAAAUAAUGUGAUAAGGUUUAUAAACACUUGCAUACAACAGAUUAUUGACUGAAGUUCACAGUGCAGUUGCAGUAAAUUUUAAGGCAUUGUUUGACUUAGGAAGUGUCAAGAGCUCUCAGUAGGAUGUCUUUAACUAUGUACAAGUGACCUGUGGUUAAAAAUAAAUAAAUUUGAAAACAUUAAAUAA